UAUCAUUAACAACUAACAUGCAACAAUAAUUUUAAAAUUAUAAUAUUAUAUUAAGUAUGUAGCAAUUAGCAUUACGCUUGUAAAGACACGUAUAGUUAUGUUUAAAAUAUAAUAUUUAAUUUUCAUACUUCAAAUUUCAUCGUUUACCUUUGCGACUUCACUGAACGCAUGAUCUUAUAUUAAAGUAAUUAAUAUCAAUCAACUACUGCUCAGUAACCAGGUGGUUUUACUAGCAAAUUCCUUAUUUUUCUGUGCUUUGUAUUAUGUAUUCAAAACAAUUAAGUGCUAGAACAAAAAGGAGGAGAGUACAAGCAGAGAUUGACUUCAUUUAUAAUCAAUCAAAUUGUUCCAAAUCAAGUUCUGAAUCAUCUAAUAAUAGUAUUGAAAUAAAUGAUGAUGUAUUAGAUAAUGCUGAAUAUCCCCCAGAACAAAGUCAAUCUAUUAUCCUAGAAGAUUCCGAACCAUCUGUACGAUUCAUUAAUAUAUCCAAUAGUCACUUUUUAAGUAAUGAUGGUGUACGUCUAGAAGAAAAUAUAAAUUAUCGUAAUAAUAUAGCUGAUUUUACAAAUUGUACAUUAACUCAAAAUUUGGCAAACUGGGCUGUGAAUUGCAAUGUCCCUUUAUAUACUGUGAAUUCAUUACUAAGUGUAUUAAAACCAUAUGAAGGUAUUCGUAUGCCAUUUAUUCCUAAAGAUGGUCGUACACUUUUAAAUACUAUUAACAUUUCAUCUUCACAAUUUGAAAAACAAGAUAUUAAUGUGCAACUAGAUUCAUCUCAUUCAAACGUAUCAAGUAUGUUAUAUGAUGACAAUCGAAAAUUGAUAGAACCAAAACAGACCAUGUCUGCUCCUGUGGUUGAUGUCAUAAAUAACAAAGAUAAUGCAGCAAUUACUACUAUAUUAGAAACUCAGAACAAAAUGUUAAGGAUAGUUUUGGAUAUGAAACACAGCAUACAUGAUUUAUCUUUAAAACUUAAUAUUAUUGAAAAUAAUCAAAUGGAAAUAUGUAACAAUUCAAAAAAAAACACAAUGCCAGUUUCUAAUGUUUCUGAAUUAACAACUUAUAAUUUUCCUAUAAAAACUGAGGAAGAACUUCAAGAAUUUGAGCUUAAAUUAACUCAACUACCUUAUAAACUGAGACUAGUUAAUGAAUUAACAAUACUUGCAAGGGAUACUAUUGGUAAUACUCUAAGACGAAUUAUAUCAAAACUAUUCCACAACACAUUAUUAUCUACAUAUUCUUAUAUUGGAAAGAAGAAAAAGAAACCAUUCCAAAGUUUAAAUGCGAAUAAAGUUAUUUUUGAAGCAAUUCGAAAAAUUACAAAAUUUGAAAAAGCAACUGAUUUUGAAAUUGAAACUCCAAUUAAACAAUACCUAGCUGGAGCGAAAUUUCGUGAACAAACAAAAAAGAAUUCAAUAUAAACAAGUUAAUCCUUGUUGCAAAAGAAAUUUUUUUUAAUAUAGUCUGCUAGUUUCAAGAAGAAAACUUGGUUUUUUUUUAUUUAUCAUGAUUCUCUAUUAACUUAUUAUAAUGUUAAUUUACUAUUCAAACUAAAAGUAUAUUUUUGAUUCCUUGAUUUUUAAGUAUAAUCUGACAGCUUAAAGAUAAAACUUAGUUAUUUUGAUUAAUUUUAAUUUAUAUUUAAUACAUAUUAAUUAUAGUUAUUAAAAUGUAUACUUUUCAAUUCAAACUAUAAGUAUUUUUUGACUAAAUUUUAAUUUCUUAAUUAUUAAGUAGGUCUGUUGAUUUAAUUUUAAAAAGUUAAUUAUUUUGAUAAUUUUUCCUUUUUAAAAAAUAUUGUCUAAAUAGUUAUUAUUAUAAUAUGUUUAUAUAAUGUUACUAUUUAAACUAUAGUUUUUUUUUAAUUUUGCA